CGAAAAAUCUUAGGUAGUGGGGAGAAGCAGUAAACUCCUAUUAUAUGAACUCCAGUUAUGUUAUGAGUAUGAGCUGUUUGUCCCCCGAUGAGUUCACAUAGAUGAAGUUCUACUAUAUAAUUUAAUGAUCUACCAUACUUUAUAACAUAAAAAAAACAAUGAAAGGAUGCCAUGGAUGAACACAACAAUGAUCCUUAUGAACAACAGCUUUACGCUGUGUUUCAAAGUUGUUUAACAAAAGGAGAAACUGAACUACAAGAAGAUAACUGGUUCAGUUUAUGCCAUAAGUUACACCUGACGGAACAAAGUGAAGAAUUAAAAUCAUGCAUUCAACAACAUAAACAAAAAAAGCAAUCUAUAUCAUUCCAAGAAUUUAGAGCUGCUUUAUUAACUCUAUUAGGCAAGACACAAGAUUCAAUUACACAGACAGAAAAAGAUAAUAUAAUAGAAUCACAAAAUGACGCAAAUCCACAUGUUGUAGAUAAUAAAUUACCACCUAAUAAUUCUAGCUCUAAUGUAGAUUUUUUAAAUGGAAAAACAGGCGUGGCAGUGGAUGAGAAUAGACUAAAAUGUUUGUGGGAAAAAAUAAAUACCUGUUUGAAAGAAAAUGUAGAUUCUGCAACAAUCUUUUUUAUAUCUAAUUGUUUAGGAAUCCCAGCUCUUCCGAAACAAAUAUCGCAGUGCAUUUUUGAAAAACUUGAUCAGAAUUGUGAUGGAUUAAUUAAUUUGGAUGAAUUUCUUGUUAUAUUUCAAAAUAAGGCAAUGGAAGAUCAAUUAACACUAGAUAAGAAUAAACAGUCUACAAAUGAAUUAACUAAAUUGGAUUUUAGAAAACGAAACUAUGAUAUACAUGCUUCUCGCAAAACUAGUUUUACAAGGAAUAAUACUUUUCUGGAUACAUGGAAACUUUCAAAUAUUACAAAUACAUCGUUAUUAACGGAUGGAAAUUUUAAAACAUCUGAUAUUUCUUUAACUGACUUAACAAGUAGUUUAUGUGAUGAAUUGAAAAAUUUUAAUGACUCAUUAGGUCACUCUGCCAUUCGAUCUCAUAUAAUGUUAUUGCGAGAUGUUCUUAUACUAUAUCAAGAAGAAUUACACAGUUUAAACCUUGUAAUAGAGAAUAUAAAUGGUGAAAAGGAAAAGCUGCGUGUUGAUAUCAUAGAAGCUAAUGAACGAGCAAACACUCUUGCGCAAGAGAUUGAUGAGCAACAUGUUCGACAAGAAGAAAUUGUUCAAAAUUUACGGAAACAAAUUGAACAACGACAUGCUGAAACUAUACAAGAUCUUUCAAACCAAUUAAGUUCUGAACGAGAAAUGAGUGCUAGUGUUUUGAAAUCAAAGGAUGACCAAAUACAGAUGUUGCAAAAAGAAAAUCACGAGAUUAGAAAUAAGUUUGUAAAUACGUUACAAGAGAAUCAAGUUUUAGAAACUGAAAAUGAGAAUCUUCGUAGUCAAAUAGAAAAACUUAAGCAAUCAAACAAUGAAUUCUUAACUCAAAUAAAAAUCUUGGCAGCAGAGCAUGAUGAGUCGCAAAAUAUAGAGAUAAAACAUCAACAAGAAGUUAUAUAUUUGGUAGAGCGUAUCAAACAGUUGCAGUCAGAAACAGUUCUUUUACGAGAUCAAAACGAUGAACUUACAGCAGAAUUAGAAAGUUUAAAACAGCAUGAUCGUCAUAAUAAAGAUACAAGUUAUUGCAGGCAGAAUAAUCUUCCUGGCAAUCAUAUAGCAAAGAAUAUACAGUCAAAUGAAAUUGAAAGUAAAGAAACAUUUAUAAUCGAAGAAGAUGAUUUAGAUGUUGUUUUAAAACAUUCCACAUCUCCAUCUUAUAAAUCCAAUGAAGAAGAGAAUGCGCAAAAUUGUAAAAAGAUAGAUUUAAAAAGGUUUAAAGAUAUAGUUAUAAAACAAUUAAAAAGUAUUUUAGUAAAUAAUAACAAGUGUACUUCAGAAAACUGUGCAUUUAAAGAUGAAAUAUCAGGAAUGAUUAUAAGAUUACAAUCGAAUUCAAAUACACAAUUUUUCAAAGAGACUGAAUUUAUCAAAAGCAUCGCAUCUGAGAUAGAAACAGAAUGUGAAGAAAAAACGAGUGAUUUUGUAAUUCCCAGACAUAAGAAUUCCGUUUCUAUUAAACGGGUAGUAACAUCCAAUAAUAAUGAUAAUAAUUGUGAUGUUGAUUAUUUUAGUAAUCAAGAUAUGAAAAGUUCAUCACAUAACAAAGUUUCAAGUCUUAGAGAUUAUCCUCCUCGUAAAGAAGAGUACAUAAAUGCUGAUCACUCAAAAUCAAAUAAGGAAAAAGAUAUUUUGAUCACUCAAUGCGGAAAGAUUACAAAUGAAGUUAGUACAAGAACUAAUUCAAGCUUAAUAAAAAGUGACUCAUCUGAAAGUGUUUCCUUAAAUUUGAAGUUGAAAGAACUUGAAGCAACUCAUGCUACUGAAAAAAAACAAUUGAUUGAACAAUGUGCAGAAUUAGAAAGAAGUCUUGAUAUGUUAAAAGUAGAAUACGAAGAGUGUGAAGAUUAUUGGACUGCUAAACUGGAGGAAGAAAGACAACUUUUUGAGCAGGAACAGAAAAUUAGCGAUGAGAAAUUUUCAGAACUUAUAGCUAAAAUGGCUGAGUACGAAGAAUUAAUUAGUCCAGUAGACAAAGUAAAAAAUGGUGGACGUCUAUCUCCAAUUGAAGAAAAGUUUAAUUUAGAACAACAAUACUUAGAUCUUGAAGAAGAAUUCGAAAAAUGGAAAGCACAAAUGGAAGAAGAAAUAUCCCAAAAAGACAAAGAGAUUAAAAAUUUACAUGAGAAAAUAAAAUCCUUAGAACGACCUAUAAUGACUGAUAUGUCUGUACAAGUUACAGAUGAAUUGAUUUUUCCGUCUUUAUAUACACGAUCAAAUUAUGUACCUAAUGAUUCGUUCAAUAUUCAACCAUCCAGUGAUUCGGUUUUGAAGUUAGCCCAAUGUAUUGAUAAUAUUCACAACCUGCCUGAAGAAUAUAAAUUUAAUAAAAUUCUGGAAUCUUCGACCUCAUCAAAUGACUUUACUCCACGACUGUCGAAAGAUGAUUUAGAUGGUGAUAAUUGUAACCUGCAUCAAAUAUAUCCCCAUUAUCAUCACAAUGCAGAAUAUUAUUUUCUGCAGAAUACGUCGAAGUUGCAAAAUUUAAAAGCUCCAAAUUGUCAAUGCAUGCGAAAUGAUGCACAAGUAGCUUGUAUAAAUAUCAAUAUAUUGCAAAAUUUAAGUAUGAAACUUCAGGCACAAGAACGUAAAAAAAGUCAAUUGCAAGAAUGUUUGAAGAAACAGCAAUACCACACUGAACGUGUAUUACAACAUAUUAUGUCUCAACACCAAGCAGAGAUAUCUGAAUUACAAUGUCUUCUUCGUAGUACUCAAGAAAGACUUCAAAGAGAAUUUGAAACAAAUGCAGAGCAGGCUGAACAAUUGACACGAAAUGAUAUACUAGUAAAACAUUUAUACACAGAAAAUGCCUGUUUAACAGCUAAUUUAAAACGUUUACAGCAACAUUACAAUAUCUUAACAGGAUUAAGUGUUGAAUCAACUUCAAUAUGAUAUUACAAUCAAUUAUCAAUAAUGUAUAAAAGGCAGAGCUCUAUUAAUAAAAUAUUAGUAAUAAUGCUACUAAUAUUUUGACAUCAGAGUGUAAGUCAGAGAUAGAUGUUCUAUCUCAAUUGUUAAUUGUGAUACAUACUAUCUUUUUUCAAUUAUAGUAUUAGAAUAACAGUAAACAAAAUUGAUAUUUUUUUUUUAUGAGUGCUGAUUUUAAAUCAUAGAAUAAUUUGAAAAUUCAAAAACAAGCAGUCGUCUUUUUUUAAAAUUGAUAUACGUUUUUUAUUUUGCACUUUGAGAUUUGUGCAAAUAUAUAUCAAUAAUAUCGAAGUGGUUAUACAUACAUAUAUUUCUUGAAUUUCAUCUUGUGCAUAUGUGUAUAAAAAUAUAUUACAUGAACAUAAACUUUGAUACAAUUUAUCAUAUAACAUUAUGUAGUAGGUAAUAUUAUAUAAUGUGAUAAGCAGAAAAUCUUGUUUUGGUUUGAGGAUUUAAGGACAAUGUACUAUAAAAAGAAUGAUAAAAUUAUCAAUAAUUAAGAGAGUUGAAACAAUUAGAAAUUUACAUUUAUGUUUAAAGCAAACAGUAUUUAUUACUAGACUCAAAUUGUUUCUGAUGUAAACAGAGUUUGAAAAACUAGUAUGUUCUUCACUUUAUGACGUUGAUUACUAUUGAUAGAAGUAUAUAAUCUGCCUUAUAAUUUGUAAGUUACAAUUAUAAGUAUAUCUCAUAAAAUCCUAUCGAAUUCAUAUUCUUAGAUCAUUUUUAUGAAAUUAAAGAAAACAAACAGUCUAAUUAUGAAUCAUGAUAAAAAAAGACCCAAAUUAAUUAGUACAAAAAAUUAUUCUAUCAUUGUUGCUACUAUUUGCUAUUCAUUAAGUUAUUAUGUAUAAAUAGAUAUUUUUCAGAACGAUUUGGUUAGAUUCUUUAGCCUAAAUGCCAAAGAUAGGAAAUUUCAACUUUAUUAAACAAAUUAUUGCUAAAUAUGUUCGUUACUUGUUGCGUAUAAGUAAAUUAUUUUUUCUUGGAAGCUUAUUUUAGUUAUUACAAUCAAAUAACAAUAAAAUUAUUUUGUUCUUUUUAUAAGAUGCGUAUUUUUUAAACAUCGAGAAUAAAGCUUAUACGAAACAAAUACAUAUUAUAUACACAGUAAUAUUAUCAUUUAUAAUAAAAGUAAAAUAGCAGAGAAAAAACUCAAAUCUUAAUACUGAUUCUUUAGAUUAAAAUUUCCUUCUGUUUGCUUUUUAUAUAUUUUUAAAUAUAAAAUUUGUGAGAUUCUAUUUAAUGUGAAGUUAAUUUUUAUGAUAAUUAUGUUGAAUUUAUUAACAUGAUUCAUUAGAAUAAAUUAUGUUACUUAUGUUUUCGAAGCCCUCAAUGUUCAGAAUGGUUUUAAUUCAGUAUUACAGAUUUAGACCUUUAUUAUGCAUAAUCAAGAUUAAUACUACCAUGAUCAAUAUUUUGGGUUCAAUUAUAUUAUAUUACAUAAUUCAAUAGUCACAUAAGAAUAUGUAUACAAAUUACUGUGUGUAUUGAAUAUUCAACCAAAUAUAUCCGCGGUAUUGUAUAAUAUAUGGUCAUAUUUAGCUUUAUUUAGUAUAUAAUAAUAAUAGGUACUAUCUGUAUAUACUAUACACACACAUAUACAACUUACUUUGUAUAGUAAUUAUUCUAAUUGAGAUUUAUCUAAUUUUGAUCAUAUCGCUGCCAUAUAAAACAUUUUGUACAUGAUAUUUAUAUAAAUGUUUGUAUAUUACUAUUCUGCAGCGAACUAAGUUUCUUCACAUUUGCCUUAUUGAUGACUCUUACACAAUCUGUAAUUAUAUACCUGGUGUCUUAACGACUAUGAUAUAAUCGGCAAUAGGGUGAUUUUACGUCAAAAAAUAAAUCGAAAAUAUACAAUAAAAUUUUUUCGUAUGACUCUUUGUUUUCAGAAAAUCAAGUUUGAAAAUCAAAUAUAUUUAAACUUGGUUAAUUAAGAACUAGGUAUGAGCAAACAAUCAGCACGAAAUUAUUCUACAUGAGAAAAGAAGUAUAAAAUACAAAAAAUACAAAAUCUACAAAAAUAUAAAGUACAAUUUUUCCGUUUCAGUUUUCCAGGAAAUAGAAUUUGAACAUAUUUAGUUAUUAACUUGCCAAGUACAUCCGUAUAAUAAAUUUCCAAAUUUAUCUUUCAAAACAAGAAAACAAAAUAGCUUAUGAUAAAAUAUUAUUUUACAUUUUUAAUUUAUUUUCACCUAUAGAAUAAUCUCCGGUUGAUUAUUUGCUUUUGCUCAGUCCGGAAUUAGUCAAGUUUACUUGACAAAUUUUGGAAUCCAAAUUUCUCAAAAGCGUAACGUCAUAUGAAAAAAUUUUAUUCUAUAUUUUCAACUUCAUUUUUUUACGUAGAAUCACAAUCUCUGGGACACCCUGUAUAUUUUUUUAUAUAUUAUAUUUCUUUAUUACAUCGUUGUUAAAUUAUCUCGUCUUCAAGUAUUCUAUAGUUUUUCAUAAUGGAAUUGUUAAACGGCAAUAAUUACAGUAAUACUAAUAGCAAAUUAUACGACUUUGAUGCAAUAAUUAGAAAUUUAAGAAGUAUAAUUUGUUUUAUUAUUACAAAAAUUACGUUUCCUAUUGUAUUUACAUUGUAUGUUGUUAAAAUGUACAAAGUGUAUUAAUGAGUAAAGAGCAUGAAGGAGGAAAAAGCUUCAAAUCAAA